CAUCUUGUUGAUAUCUGGAAUAUGAUCGAAGCCUUCCGGGACAACGGCCUCAACACCCUGGACCACAGCACAGAGAUGAGCGUGUCCCGCCUGGAGACCAUCAUCUCCUCCAUCUACUACCAGCUGAGCAAGCGCCUGCCCUCCACGCACCACAUCAGCGUGGAGCAGUCCAUCAGCCUCCUCCUCAACUUCAUCAUAGCAGCCUACGACAGCGAGGGCCGGGGGAAGCUGACGGUGUUUUCAGUGAAAGCCAUGUUAGCAACCAUGUGUGGUGGUAAAAUCCUGGACAAACUCAGAUAUAUUUUCUCUCAGAUAUCAGAUUCCAACGGGCUAAUGAUCUUUACCAAGUUUGACCAGCUGCUGAGGGAGGUGCUGAAGCUCCCCACGGCCGUGUUUGAGGGACCUUCCUUCGGCUACACGGAGCACUCCCUCCGGACCUGUUUCCCCCAGCAGAAAAAGAUCACUCUAAACAUGUUUUUGGACACGUUGAUGGCUGACCCACCUCCUCAGUGCCUUGUGUGGCUGCCUCUCAUGCACAGACUUGCCCACGUUGAAAAUGUCUUCCACCCCGUGGAGUGCUCGUACUGCCGCAGCGAGAGCAUGAUGGGCUUCCGGUACCGCUGCCAGCAGUGCCACGGGUACCAGCUCUGCCAGAGCUGCUUCUGGCGCGGGCACGCCAGCG